AGGAAAUUUCCAAAAGAAAAAUUCCCAAAAGAAAAAUUCCCAAAUAAGAUCUUUGUUAAACUAAUUGGAAAGAGGCGGCUUCUCUCUUUCUUUUCUUUUAUCUAUUCUAUUCUUCUUUUCCCCAAGGAUGAUGGCACAUGGGUGACAAAGCAGCAGCCAUCGCCUUCUUCUUAUAAAUAGGUGUGGUGGAAAAGGAGAGUAAUUUUGUUAGGUAAGAAGGAAAGAUUGAGAGAAAAUGGAGGGAAAGUCUAAAGGGUAUCAAGCCUCCUCUUUCGUUGCUGAUCUUUUCGAUGUCAAGGAGCCGCCAUCAACUUCUUCAUCAGAAGUCUUUGCAGCAAUCUUUCCUUCUCCACAGAAGGGGGGAGGCAGGAAUUCUUCUAGCUCUGGCGAUUGGCUAAAACAGGCCAAUGGAAAUCAACCAUCCCACGCCAGACAAGGAAAUUCAGGAGGGAGCUUGGAGCCUUGCCAUCUGAGUUCAUCUCUAUACUAUGGAGGACAAGAUGGUUACUCCCAGGCCCCAUCAGCUGGACCAUCCCCAUCCCCAGCCCCCACUUUGAAGAAAAGUGGGGGAGAAGAUGAUCCAAAUGGAAACAACUUCCAACCUGCUUCUAGGGGAAAUUGGUGGCAAGGUUCUCUUUAUUAUUAGGACGACUGCCUUGCCUUGGUGGCGCAUGAAUUCCCACCUAUUUUCCAAGGAAUUCAUAACGAAGCUGCGCGGUGGAGAUUUGAAGUUGGAUUUACGUUACAUUGUGUAUACCAUUUCAAAUUAAUUUCUUGUUUGUUUUUUCUUUUACUUUGAAAAAUGGUGUGAAGUUUUCUGUAUUUUCUUUCCUUUAAUUCCUCUUUUAUUAAAACUGUGCCUUCAUUUUCA